CCGAAGACUUAUGCGAUAAGCAGGGCAAAUUAAUUUUGAAAAAAAAUGCCGUUUUAACGGAAAAAAAUCUUCAAACCUUACAAAGCACUCUGCAAAAGAAAAAAAUAAGUAGUAUUGUUGUUCCUCAUUCCACUAAUGAUUUAUAUGCUAUUAAAAUAAAAUCACCAACAAAUAAAGAAAAAACUAUCUUAGUAGUUGGGAUUGGGGAAAACCUGCCCGAAGAAAAAACUUACUUUGACUUGGCAGAUUUAAUUUGUGCGGUAACUAGUUAUAUUAAUCUACAUCAUGGUCUAGGCAAUACCGAAAAAAGGGAGGAUGAGGACAAACUAGAAAAUCAAAUUAUUCGUCGGAUUGGUGAUUUAGUUUACAACAUUUUCGACAACAAAUUAGGUGGUUUUUUGCAGGAUAUUGAUAAUAAAUAUUUAUCAAAUUAUCUCUCCCAAUUAAAAAAAGUGGAUUUAGCCAAAAUACCUAAUUUAAAAGACUUUGACAACCUCAUCAAACAUUUUUUUAAUACCUCGGCUUUAGUUCGCUUACAAAACCAAAAUAAUCCCUUAGCAGUUAUCUCGGAUGGACUAGUGUCAAGUGUGAUGGGAUUGGGAGGACGUAAUUCAGUUAAUGCCACCUUGGCUGCCCGGAACGUUGACUCUUCUUUCAGUGGACGCUAUGACCCAGUAGAAACCCCUGAGGGAAGAAAUACUGGUCUGGUUCGUCGAAUAACGAUUGAGGCCGGGAUAAAUGAUGAUGGACAGAUAACAACCCCCUACUUUCCAGUCCGCAACGGAGUGCUGGUUCCUUCCUUAGUUUAUUUAACUAGCGAAGAAGAAAAAGACAAAUACAUUGCUCAUUUUAACAUAAAAAUUGAUGAAAAAAAUAGGGUUAUGGAAGAAACAGUAUUGGCGGUUCACCAAGAGAAUUUUGUCCGAGUACCCAAAGAAAAAUUGGAUUUUAUUUAUAGUUCUUUUUAUCACUUAAACUCCGUAACUAGUGCCACAAUUCCUUUUUUUCACCAUAAUGAUGCCACCCGCAUGCUGAUGGCAACCAACAUGCAGCGUCAAGCAGUAACCCUAUUGAAAAAUCAAGAACCAUUAGUAGCCAGUGGCAUCGAAGUCAGUCUGUUAAAUAAUUCACCGUUAGUGGUUAAAGCGGAAGAACAAGGAACAGUAGAAUAUGUCGACAGCGGCCAAAUUAUUGUUAAAGAGAAGAACAAGGAAAAAAAAACUUAUCAAUUGGAGCAAUUAGUAGUUUCCAAUAAAAAUAUUCUCAACUUCUCUUCUCCGCUAGUAAAAAAAGGCGAUAAAGUUGAAAAAGGACAAAUGAUUGCCUGCGGGAACCAUGCUCACAAUGGAGAAUUAUCAUUAGGCUAUAACUUGCGAGUGGGAUUCUUUUGUUUUGGUGGCUACAAUUAUGAAGAUGGGUUUGCCAUUAGUGAAAGACUAGUUAAGGAGGACAUUCUUACUUCCUUUUUUGUCAAAAAGCAUACGGUUAUCCGUCAUAAUACUAAGUAUGGUCCGGAAAUAUUUACUUCUUCUUUUCCCCGUGCCGAAAAAAAUCAAUUUCCUCACUUAGAUAAAAACGGAAUAGUAAAAAUCGGUAGCAGAGUAAAAGGUAAUGAUAUUUUAGUUGGCAAGUUGACGCCUGAACCUAGCCCUCACAAGGAAGCCGAGGAGGAAUUAUUGCUGAUGAGUAUCUUGGGAGAAAAAGCCCAGCGAUUUGUUAAUUCUUCCCUCCGAUUACCAGCCGAGGAAGCUGGAAUAGUUUACCAAGUCAAAAGAAAAAAAAUCACCAAAAGUAAGAAUGAUUUAGAAUUAGUAGAAGUUUACGUGGCUCAGAAAAGAAAAAUAGAGAUUGGGGAUAAAUUAACUACCCGUUUUGGUAAUAAGGGAGUAGUCGCUAAAAUUGUGCCCGAGGCCGAUAUGCCUUUUGAUGAGGAAGGAAAACCGCUGGAUAUAAUUUUUAAUCCACUGGGCGUCCCUACCCGCAUGAAUAUUGGUCAGUUGUUAGAGACCAUCUUGGCUUUGGCUUCCCACAAACUUAAUACUAAACUUCUUUGCCGACCCUUCAAUUCCCCUUCUCCAGAGGCAAUUAAAGAAAUUAUCCAGGAAUCCGGAAUUAAAAAUUAUGGGACUCAAAAAUUGUUCGACGGCCAAACUG